AUGUCUACCACUAUUCCUUUGACUCACACUACACCCGAUCCAACAAGCUCAACUGUUCGGUCUCUGGCAGGCAAAGUAGCAAUUGUCUCGGGAAGCAGCAGCGGAAUCGGCCUUGCCAUAGCUACCGAGCUUUCUGUCCGCGGAGCAACCGUUGUCAUCAAUUACCCAUCUCCAGAGGUUUUCGAGGAGGCAUCGGGGGCCGUGGGAUUUAUCGUCGGCCCAUCACUCCUCGUUUGUGCCGACAUGAGCAGCAAGGAUGGUCCGGGGAUACUUGUCAAUGCAACUAUGGAGAAGUUUGGUCGCAUUGACAUUGUUGUAAACAACGCAGCGCUCGCAGUUAAUCUGUCGCUCGAGGAGACCACGCUGGAUCACUGGGACUCUUUGGUGAACCUCAAUGCUCGAGGCACUUUUCUUCUUACGCAGUCUGCCCUUCCGUACCUGACCGUGGGUAGCGGUCGUAUUAUCAACAUCUGCUCUACAAGCUCCCGGGGUGCACCGCCGCUCCAGACGGUCUACGCUGGGACGAAGGGAAUGGUGGACUCUUUCACCCGUUGUUGGGCCAAAGAGCUUCCGCCCAAGUAUGGCUGCACCGUCAAUGCUGUAUCUCCAGGCCCGACCAAGACAGCUGGUUUCUUGUCGGCCGGAGAAGAAGCCAUGAAGAUCCUGCAGCCGACUAUUGAACAAACUCCUGCUGGAAAAAGAAUGGGAGAGCCAGAUGAAAUCGCAUAUGCUGUCGCUUGCCUUUGUGAAGAGAAGGCCCGGUGGAUCAACGGAGCCCACCUGUUUGUAAAUGGGGGACUUCAUAUUGAUUGA